AUGGCGGAAAUUCAAAAUUCGAACCCCACGAUCCUCAAUGCCGCUGAUCUCCCCACGCGGCUUCGACCCGCCGCCACUCGCAAGACUGAGUAUGGUGGCAUCUUCACAUCGGCUCUGCCCCUCGCUCCGGUAGACUAUGAGAGUGCUCUGUCAUCGGAUUCAGAGGAUGACAAUCUGUUGGAGGAGCCCAUUGACGAACAAGAAAUCUACGACCUUAUCUCAUCGAUUUCCGACCCGGAACACCCCAUCUCGCUUGGUGAAUUAGCUGUAGUAUCUCUUCCAGAUAUUGAGAUCAAGCCAACCCUCCCAGAUGUCCCUGAUUCGCCGUUGCAAACCGUCACGGUACUCAUCACCCCCACAAUCACCCACUGCAGUCUGGCAACCGUAAUCGGUCUUGGAGUUCGCGUUCGCCUGGAACAGUCGCUCCCGUCUCGAUUCAGAAUGGACGUACGUAUCAAGGAAGGUACACACAGCACCGGAGAUGAAGUCAACAAGCAGCUUGCCGAUAAGGAGCGGGUUGCCGCGGCCUUGGAGAAUGGCGCGUUGAUGGGGGUCAUUGCCAAGAUGAUGGAGACCUGCCACUGA